CUCUUUUUCAAUAAUGAUGUAAUUUGGAACAACAACAUAAAUGGUGCUGCAGUUGCUGUAGUAAAGUACAGAAUAACUUAUCGAAAAGUUUAAGUUUCAAGCGAACAGCUGUUUUGCUGAAAGUAAUGGAACGCUAAGACGGGAGCCAGAGUUAGUUGCAUAAGAAGUCUUGUCAUGUGACAAAACACAAAGAGCAAUGUCAGAGUUGCAAAGGAAGAGAGAAAAAUUUAUAUUGUAUGGUGUGACAAAAUUACAGAUGGUUGAUUCAACUACUGUAUCUUCAACUGAAAUAGACAGAGUUUUUUCUCCUACAAAGAUUAUCACCACUACAAAAAGAUAUAUAAAUCACAACCACAGUGACAAUGGUUUUAAUUUCACAGUUUAUGUAAUUAUACCCAUAGCAGUUUUGCUAUUUCUGGUGUUUUUAUUUCUUCUGAUAUUCCUAGUACGACGAAAAAUGAGGACAAGACGACUGCAGCGAGAUUUCUCGCCUCAUUAUGGUUAUGAUCAUAGCGAGGCAGAAGUAUUCGAUGGCUAUACUCAGUUUGCUGAUGGGAUGGGUAGUCUCGAAAGAAUGGCGCAAGAAAGAACUGGAGCCAAGAUGCUCAGUCCAGAUCGAAGUGAAAAAUCAUUGGAGUCAGUGGAAGUCUCCACGAUCUCUAGCACAGACAGUAAACCAGCUGGGACCUCUUCUCCAAAGAAAUUUGUAAAUAGCCUUUACAUAUGAAUAUUGAACUGUAAUAUGAAUAUUUUCACGCUUUUAAAGAGGACAGACCCUUCUACUUCUGCUCCUCUGGAUUUGCUUUAGAACCUAUUUUUACACUUAGUUUUAAGUUUUAAGAAGUUUUGAAAAACGUAAACCCUCACUUAAGAAGCUUGAAAUGAUUUUAAAUAGUUUAAAGGCAGAGAAGCUAGAAUCAAAUGUUUUAAGCACUAAUUAUCACCAAUUUACAAAACAUUUUCGCUUUUCAGCCUUUCAAAAAAACAAUAUUAGGCUGCUUCUUCGAUUCUGGUUGAAACGUCACACAGUAUUUCCUACAUUGACCAAUCAAUAGAUAUUAAAUUCGACAAGGCACCUUUGAAGCAACUAAAAUAAAAUGAAAUAUUGUUAAAAAUACUCAAUAAAACAAGUUGCAUAUUUUCUUGUAUUAUGAAGAAUUAUUAUCAUUGCCGGGAAAUUAUGUAAAUCUGUAAAGCCGCUUAAUACAAUUUUGAACCUAUACGUCUUCGUUCAUAAAUCGAAUUUACAAAUGCAGCAUAGCUAUCGGGGUUUUGUUGUUUCUUUCUCCACCGAUGUUGAAUUUGUCUAUCUUAAUUAUUGCCAAGUGAUAUUUCACGGUAAAUAAUGGCGAAAUGAUGAUAUCAUAAAAACAUAACUGAUAAAAUAAUUGUAACAGUAUGGUAGUAUAUAAUAUAAUGCUAUUUUGCAUGUUUGAACUUCCUAAGCAACAAUGUGCUGUUAUCAACGAAUGAUAUUAUACGAUAAUGCGCUAUCCAUUUACAAGGUUUUUUCAAAGUGCUACUUAAAAUUACAAUAAUACGCAUAAAAAUUUCCUUUAAAAUUUAACUUACAAAGGGCUGUGUCUGAAUAUAGUUUGAUUUUGAUAUUUUCAAACAUCUUAUUAUUAUUCUCUUAUCAAUAUCACAAUAGCUGAGGUCAUGCUCAGAAAUAGCGCCAUAAAUAUUACUAAGAGCGCAUUUUUCCAAAUUUCAAACAUAACUGUGCUUAAUGUUACUUUUAAAGAGGAAGAAUUCGCCAACCUGUCCAAGGAACAGUGGAAACCAUUCUUAGGUAAAAGUUUAUCAAAAAGACAGAAAAUAAUAUUAUUAAUAGUAACAAGAUGACUAAACUAAGGUUUAUUAAAAAAGGUAGGUUUGCUAAGAAUCUCAGCUAUCUAUAUCCCAAUUCCAACUGAAAAACUCCAUGCUGAUAGUACUAUUUCAAGCAGCGGACCCCUCACUAGCUAUUGAGCUCAAAAGCAAAGCAAAAGGCCUGAUAGAAAUCGAUAGAUUGGUUGAACUUUUUCAAACUUAAAUGGAAAUUAGCCUGUGGUACUAUACUGCACAUGACGUCUUUCCUGGCAAUUCUGUGUUUGUGGUAAAGUAACUGCUCCGAAACGAAGAUUUGGCGAGAUAUAUUAUUAUUAUUAUUAUUAUUAUUAUUGUUGUUAUAAGGGGGAUUUCCAGGUCCCAUUUACGGCCAAGUUGGCGAGCCAUCCUUUAUUUUUCCGACAAGUUUGAGAAUUUUCCGACUUAGCACUUCAAGAUGGCAAAAAAACUCGUCGUUUUUGCAACGGAAUUUUAUGAAGGGGGUCUCAUCUUUCAAUUCCCCUUUGACGACGGUCCUGCCCGCAGCUAAUCCCAACUUUCACUCUCGAGUUUAAACGACCUUCACAGUAUUGCGAUAAAAAUCACCGGUUAGGCCGAGGUGCAAACCACUCUAUAGAAAUCUCGCACACUUUGGUAGAAAUCCUAUUGUUUUACCAGAAAAUACAUAUAAAUCCUUUUGCUUUGCUGGAAAUCUCUUCCAAUGUUUUCUGGAAAUCUGUUUUGAUUGCCCCUCAAUUCAGUCUAUAUUCCUCACAUCUUUUUUGCAGAAUAUUGAUAUGCAAUCUAUUCCUUUUUAGCCAUUAAUCACCCCAUUAUGAUCCGUUAUUUUACUGACCAAUAAUUCACCAUUGUUUUAAUCCCUUUUCUUUCGGCAAAAUCAGUUCCUGUCGCACUAUCUUACUUGAUUUUGUAAUAUACUGUAAUGUUUAGACAAGAUCAACUCUGAAGCUAGGUGUUUGCAAAUCAAGAACUUAAACAAAAGGCUAGAUAAAACAAGAGUAAAUAUAUUGCUCAAGAGGAGAAUUGCUAAAUAACCAGAUGUCACGAAAGAAAAUGACACAAGAUGGAAAGAAAAUGAUUGGUAAUGCUGAAAGUUUGUUAGUCCAAGGAUGCCAGAAAUUUUGACCAAGCUUCCCUUUUGCUCAGUUCUCUCUUUAAGCAUAGAGCAUGUAUUUUUCACAAAAGAGUAACUUUCUCCCUAAGUACAUUCCAUCAUUACCUUCUAUACUUUUUUAAAAAUACUUAAUUGUCAAUACCUCAGCACAGCCACGUCAUUCAGUAAGCCAUCAAUUCCUUGUCGUUUUGACAGACCCACUUUGCUUGCCUGAGUUCAAGAUCGUCGAAAUGUUGUUUUAAACAUAAACAACAUAGCUUCAGAGCAAAAUUGGUUAAUAGCAGUCUCUAGAGGCGUACUUUGUGGGGUUGUGUGGAUAAGCUGGAAGGUACUAACAAUUAAGAGUGUCCUAAAGUUAAGUCAAUAGAGAUUUUCUUCUCCAAGCUAGCAAAAGCAAAGUGCCAGCCGUUAACGGAAUAUUGCUUUUAUGGUACAGAUUGACUGUUUGAUUAAUUAACUCCAAAUUUAAACUUAAAUUUAAUCUAUGUCUCAAUAAAUUUCAUUUAAACUAAAACAUAUUUUCCUGGCGCCACAACCUUUUUAAAGUCAAAAGAGAUCAGACAUUUCAACCUGAAAAUGGCUUUGAAAAUGCCAACAUCUCACAACAUACUACUCGUUUAGUAAGAUUUUGUGAAAUGUUUGCUUUUUUCAAAACCAUUUUCAAGUUCUGUACUGCCACAAAAUUGUUCACACCUCAACCUUCCGAAGCGGGGGUUGUUAUUCUGUAGUAUAUAAGAACAUAAGCUACAAGCUUCACAAUGUUUUGCACGAAUGAAUAAGACGGCGAGUUUAAAUUUAUCGCCUGAACAGCUAGGCCUUAUAGACGCUGCUUAUUAUCAGUUAACAUGGUAUCGUGUUUUUAUAAAUGUUCUCAUCAUAUUAAGAAAAAAUCAAUACACCAUCUUGGCUGAUUAUUUAGGGUAAUCAGUCUCUUAAACCCUUUCUCAUACUCCCUUCCUCAUACCCUAAGCUAUUCCCUCUGUAAUAAUUCAAGCGGUGGGGAGUAAUAGCGGUUGCAGUUCCAAUCUGCAAAAUAUGAGAAUAUUUGUUAACUAUAUGAGGAUAGAAUAUUUGUUAACUUUAAUAUUUUGUAAAGAAAGAGGAAGAAGUAUAUUUGGGUUUCAGUUUGAACAGGAGUGUUGAAUAUCGUGGCAUUUUGGUGAAAAUGUUUUCAUGUCAUUAGCUUAACUUAGUUGAACGGUGACAUGAGUAAUUUUUGUAGAAAAUGUCAAACGAUGAAAGUCAAGGUUAAUGAAGGAAAUUAGAAUUAAGUUUGAAUUUCCAAUUCUGAGAAUGGAAAAAAAUCAGCAUUCUCUUUUUUGUCACCCAGCUUUGAAUUGGAUGGUUGUAACUUAUUAUAAAGAAUAACACCAUCUCUCUGUAUUCAGGUCGGGGGCGUUAUGAUGAUCAAUUUCUAAGGGGACCAAAGAAGCUAAUCUAUUUCCUACAUAUUUUCUUAUAAUUCUUUAUGAGCAAAACAGUUUACUUUCAAUGUAAGCCUAUUGUUAUAAAAACUUUCCAGGAUAAUUUUCAGACUAAUUCGACAAAUUUCAGAAGAUGGGAUGAUAGCCCCCCCUUCCUUCUGGUCACAUAUUCAAAUACUGGGGCGGGUACCAUAUUCAAACCAUGAUUCAAACAACUUGUCACAUGACCUUGUAUGCCAUGUUGACAUGUGACUGAGUUAGACGCAUGCGUAGAUCAUUAUGUUGGCUGGCAACUCAACGAUUGCAUUGGAUAAUGGCGGUCGAGAUGAAGGAAGGAGAGUCGACUAUUAUCGAUUGUUUUGCUUAUUUUAUCAAUCCAGGAUGAAAUAAAGCUGACAUACAAAACACAGCUGAACUUCAAAGAUUAUUAAAAGUUAGUUCAUCGUAUAUUAAGCGUUCGGUAGCAGUUCUGAUAGCUGUAUUAUCACUGUCUAUAUUCUCUCACAGUGAAAGGAGGCUUGUACAGUUCCAGUUGGUUUAUGAUCGUUAGUACUUCACCAUCAUCUCGCAAGCAAGUUGGAAAAAUUGAACAAACAAUCUAAGUACAACUGUCAUAAAUACUGGUAAUAAGUUAUGUAGAUAUUUUGUUGGAAACUGCUCGAAA